GAAGGUUCUCAGACAGCUCCCAACAAAUGUCCCCCUCCAUCCAUUGCGGCUGCGUCUUCUUCUAGCUCCCGUUUGGCUCCGUCUGCUCAUGAAUUGCUUGCCCUAGCCUCUAGGAAGAAAAGAGCAUCUCCCAGAUUGGCUUCCACUCCUCAGAAGCUUCCUAAGUUGGCUGCUGUUGUCGAAACAAAACCCAACAUACCUCGCCCCCAUGAGAUCAAAACUACUCCGGCCUCUAAGCUGUUGGAUGUAAAAAUGUCACUUUCCCCUGACUUUUGUAGUCUACAAGACGUGACCCUGAUGAGGGGAGAAAUGCACAAGCCCAUGCUUCCAUCCUCUCCAGAUGUUUUCAAGUGCCUGCCCCCAGCUGGAUUAUUGUCUGCGUCCUCGGCCUAUGCUUUUCAGGGUUUGCAAGCGAGUCUUGUUGCUGCAGAGAGAGUGGCUUCGCUGGAGAAAGCUCUCGACGAGUCUAAGCAUAAGGAGUCAAUUUCUCGCUCUCUACCGGAAGACAAUGCAAAGCUAGCUCGGGAUUUGCAAAAGGAAGUAACAGCUCAAUCUGCACAAAUUUCAAGGCUUGUUGACAGGGUUAAGGCGCUAGAAGCUCAUGGGCGGAAAAAGAAGCAAGAAGUCAUUGAUGCAGCUUGUUAUUACGUCUGGCAAACCCGGGGAGACCUAAUGGCCUCCUUCCUCGCAGGUGAAUCAGCCAACUGAAACGCUAAAGAAGACAUUGCUACUUAGAAAAAGGUUCAGGAGGACAUGGACCCCCCUGUUGCUGAGGAUGGCUUUGAUGUGGGUCACUCUGAUGGUGAGGCUGACCCCAAACAUUCUUAGACUGCUUAACCUUUUAUGACAAUUUGACAAACACUUUUUGGCUCUGUUCCUGGUAUCCUGGUGGCUUAUCUUGGACGGGAAGUACCUAUGAUGCUUUUGGCUUGCGCACUUGGUUCUUUAUCCAAGGCUGAUGGAUUAUAUGGACUCCGACCCCCCGGUAUGCCGACUACUAGGCCUGGACAGCGGCUCACACACGUUUAGUGGAUAUCAUUAAUAUUAUUGUACAUUAUUAUUAUUAUUCAGAUGUUCUAGAUUAGAUUUUUAUACUAUCAGUCCAUUUAUGUAACCGGGUCUGUCAGGCCCAUAUUAGAGGCCCAGACCCGGAUUUUCCCUAUAUAUACUCCUUAUAGGAGGCUUGUAACUCAUAUAACCAAUACUCAUUCUAUACACAUUUCCUUCUUCUUCAUCAUUUCUUCUUCACUCUUGUUCAAUUUCUC